AUUAACAUAAGUCACAUCUCAGGCUCUCACUCGACUUCGUAUCGCCACACCGUAAAAGUCAUAUCCCCAGAAGCAGUGGCAAUGAGAUUCUUCCCUGGACACGUUGCAACUGAGAUGACAGAGUCUUGAUGACCUUUGACAAUUGCCACGGACUCCUCAGUUUCCUCGGACCAUACCCUGAUCGUCUUGUCUCUGGAUCCGGACACAAUCCACUGGCAGUCUCUCGUCUGUGCCACAGUGAGGGCGUAGUCCUGGAUACUUGAUGAGAAGCUUACAAGAAUCAGAAGGGUCAACUUACUUCAUGCCCGCGCAAGACCUCGCUCCAAUAGCGCAUUGACUCAUCUUCGCCUUCUUCCUUUAAGUGCAAUCUAUAAAUAUUGUUGUCGAGGCUGGCACAAUACAAUUGUUUCCCGCUGCAUGAAAAGGCGACAUUGUAUACGGCGUCGGUGGGCGACUGCGUUAUCUCUGAGAGAUUCCAUUUGGGUACCUUUGCAUCUCGCAGGUCUUUGCAGAUGAAAACAUUGCUACUCCCAGUUGCAACUGCCAACAAGUGACUAUCCGGCGAAAAAGCUACAGAGGUAGCGGACCCUUUUAUCCUGAAGCUGCUGAUUGGCUCCCCCGUGGCACAGUCAUCUAUGAAUAUACUGCCGUCACGGAAGCCAGACACAAUCAUGUUGUUGUCAGGCGAUAUGGUUACCGAAAGUAGCUCUUGGCUAUAGUGCUCGAAAAUAUGUCUCACUUUCAGAUUGUCGACGUCCCAGAGUCGUACUAUGUCGUCUUCGGAUGCUGUUGCGAGCGAUUUUCCAUCCGAAGAGAAGCAAAUAGAACGAACGUAUAGAUCAGCAUGAUCUGACCCUGAAUGUGGAAGCUCGAACAUUUUGGCCACGUCGUCGAGGUCUACCAACCACGCCACAGCCUGUCCGGCCACUGCCAAGUAUCUGCCAUCUGGAGAAAAUCUUACGCCAGUCAGGAUUGAAGUCAUUGCGACAUCAUGGAGAAGUGUCAGUCGUGGAGCCUUUUCCGAUGAUGGGGGAGUGUCGAUUGACCAAUGUCUUGGAUGUCUGGGGGGUGAUUUCCUCGAAGGUAUCGCGCCUCCAGCUGGCUGAGGCAGGAUCACCUCGUCCAUAGGGUCUGGUGGCGCCUUUCCAAUUGCACCUGCUUCUAAAAGCUUGUUCACGACCUCAUAUUUGCGGGCCUUUAAAGCAGCUUGCAGCGGCGUGUUAGUCUUUUGGUUCGGUUUCUCGAGAUCUGCGCCAGCGUCUAUCAAGGUCUUCGCCAUACUUGCGUAUCCUCUUGCUGCUGCGACAUGCAAUGCGGUAUCGCCAGCUGUAUUGGCAUGGUUUACAUCAGCACCACUGUCAAUCAACAUCUUGGCGAUUUCGACUUUCUCUCCCCUGGUCCCCGAUACAAGGGUCAAAGCCGUAUUUCCAUCUUCAUCGACAGGGCUGGGAUCGGCACCGCGACGCAAUAGUUCUUCGAACAUUUGUUGAUGACCCCCUGCCGAGGCACCCAUCAAGGCGGUAUAGCUGUUUACAUCUCUUGCCUCAAUAUCUGCUCCACUCGCAAGAAGGUGUUCAAACACUUCUUUGUGGCCCAUGGACGCUGCUAUGGGUAAGGCAGGUGAUGUUGGUACAUUGAUAUUCGCACCAUGUUCCAUGAGCAAUUUCAAGAAGUCAAGUCGACCCUCUGCUGCUGCCGCCCUCGCUGCGCUAUACCCGUCGUUCAUCAUCUUGUUUGGAUCUGCUCCUGCGGCCAGUAACUCACGCACGACUUCGAUAUAACCAUUUCCGGCCGCAAAUGUCAAGGGGGUGUCAUAGCCGCGACCUCCAUUGACGUCCGCACCUCUAUUGAGGAGCAACCGGACCACUUCGAUGUUGUUCUUCAGAGUCGACGCUUCCAUCAAUGGAGUCAAUUCCCGGUCUGAGGCUUCAAUGUCUGCCCCGUUGUCCAAAAGUAGCUCCACAAUCUCUGCAUGGCCUCUUUCUGAUGCUUUGCAGAGAGCAUAGUUUAGUACUUCGACAGCUAUGCCGUCUUCCUGCUUUUCCCGAAGUAUGUUCGUCAAUCUUUCAAUGUCUCCAGAUCUAGCCGCUUCUGCAACAUCAUCCCACGCCUCUCCGCCCUCAGACGAAAUCUCAUCGUCAUCAGCUCUCGAAUCCAGCACCUCUCCGACUGCGAUAUCAGAACCGACUUGACUCCGACCAUCGUCAGCAUCAGUGGAGCGUGGCAGGGAAAACAACGACAUUCUUAUCAGGUGCCGUGAGACAUGAGACUGUAGAUCUUUCACAUUCCUGAAGGAAGAAGAGAGGCAUAUAGGACAUGGUCGAUCACAGUCAGGCGAGGACGACUGGCAGGCUUGUACAAAAGUGUUGCUGAGCAAGUAGGUCGCGUCGGACCCAUGCAAUGCAUUGACGUGUGCCUCGAAAGAUUGCAAUGAGGAAUGGAGUGAAUCAGGGUGCUCUGGACACCGCCAUUGUCUUCUGUGGAUGGUGUUUUCAUGUUCCACCCACGCUGCUCGUGUGUCAUAGAGCUGGCCAGCGCUCUGGCAGUCGGGAUAAGUGCAAAUGAAAGGCCGCAGAUCGUGGAUCAAAUGUGCUCUGACUGAUGUCAGCUCAGUUAAACAGAUUGAGAAAUUAUCUCACCGCCAUGCCUUAUCCGACAAAAUCUGGGAUGGACAUAUGGUGAAGCAAUAAGGGCAUUCAAAGAAUUUCUCACCAACUGGCUUUCGCGGUGGCGGUGGGAAGCCGAUAUUUUCACGAUCCGGAGCCCAUACAGAAGGUGCGUAUUCUGAUACAGAUGUUACCGACUUCUCAUCUAUGCUGUUCAAUAAGCUCGGCUCCAAUCUUGUGGCCGUUGUCACUGUUGGCGGAGCUAACAAAGAGAACAAUGGACUGCGGGCUGAUCUGACAUUCAAGUGCUGUUCUUGUUGUUCCACGGGGACAGAAUCAAGCUGCCUCUCAUGCUCUACCAAAAGUCUUGGUCGUGGUGUGUGGAAGGCGAUCUCGGUAUGCUUCUGCAAUUUACUGUAAUGCUUCUUCCAGUAGCCAAAUUGUUGGCGACGCUGGUUGUUUGCGCGCGCAAUCCGGUGCAUCAAAUAAUGUGUCCCUGUUUGAUUCUGGAGUUGUCUUCUGUCUUCAUCACUUUGCUCGUCCUCAUCGAGACCAUCAUACGGUUGAUCUCCGUCCGAUAUGAUGGAGCCUUCAGGUACCGAGCCUUGGGACUGACACAAUUCGCAAGCCUCGGUUUUGUGCCAGGAGUUUUGAGGUGCUGUCGCAGAAGAUAGCUCCUGUUUCUCUUGAGCACGAUUCUGUUCAGGAGCUUCCAGACGAUAUUGGAGGAAGAUAGACCGGACAUAGUCGUCAUCAUAAUGUGCGAACGCUUUGAUGAGGUCGACGCCAGUGGCUUCGUCUAUGCUCUCAAAGUACCUAGCUCUCGAGAGUCCAAGUCUUGUGGAAGGAUUCCUUAUCUUUGUAGACAACUUGAAAAGCCGGUUCAGAAAGCCUACAAUGACCUCAAGGAGGAUGUCAAUGUAUGAUUGUGGCUCAACGUCGUCAUCAUCAUCGUCGUCGUCGUUCUCGUUCUCAAACCAAGCCUGGUCGUCAGAUCGUGGCCCUGUGAUAUCCGGUCGCUCGCGAGAUCGACCCUCGCCGCCUUUCUGUGGACGCCCAAGUUCGAGAGUCUCUUCUAGAUUCUGGGCUAGGCCGUUGAGGAUCACCUCAAACAAUUCCGUCAAAGUCUCUGAUUCGCGUAGGCGAUAAUCGAGGGAGCCGUGGCCCGGAACCAACAGUCCGGAUUCAAUCGCCCAUACUCGAUAUCGUUCGUACUCGUUCAGAAAUGCGUCAUGAUUCUUUGAAUCGGCAUCUUCGAGAAGACCAGAUUUGAAACCUUGAAUUACUUGUUCCAAAAGGUUGAAGUUCUUUCUUCCCACCGGGGCCAGCCUUGCCAGAGGGGUUGUUUUCAUCCUGAUAAAGGCGUCGCAGUUAAUACGAGUACAUUUGUCAUCGCCAGGGAAUUCCUCAUUACGGUGUGGGAGUUGGACAUUCCAACGACUUGAUGUAUAGCAGAGACUCUUUCAAAGAGACUCGUUGAAAUAUAGGCUUGACUAUUCAGGCUCUCAGAAGUACUGAUGUAUUGAACGCGCCGUGCCGCUGUCAUUUCUCCCGGGACGAUGCCGAGUCCCUUUCCGACUGGAUCCAGCGAGGCGCCGACGAUAUUCAAAUCAUGCCCCGCUGGCUCUAGUGUUGUGCGAGACAAACACCGCGUUUUCGCCCCUGAAAGGCUCCUCUUUCCUCCUACUGGGCUGGACCCUGGUUCUUCAACAAGCGCCAUGCAAUGGCAGGCCGUAUCGCUCGCCUAUUUGCACGUCCUUGAAGAAUCCGUGGGUCAUUGGUAUCCGAUCGCACUCUUCAACGGGCGAAUGCUUGUACUGUACGAUCCAGCGGCGGAUCUGAUCAGUAGCGAAACCCCCAUUGGCAUCUUGAUUCGCUACGCUAUCUUAAGGGUGAGCAAACUUGUCACACCAUCCGUAUCAACUAGGGUAAAGGUGGUUCUGAAGAAUACAGUACAAACGACAGCGCUGCCUCGUGGUAAGGUUGAUCCCUUCAGAAACAAUCAAUAACACUGUCUCUCUCCCACUGACACCGGGCAAGGAUUUGAAAACGCUUGCCUAUCAUUUCUCAGACAUGGCCCAAAUCAUGCUUAACUAGGUACUGUAACUAGCCAGACAUGGGACUUCCCAAGCUAUUAGCCGCCUGCACCUUCAGCGCUUCCCUACAGGAUAGGUCGGUGUGCUUCUUUCCAUCAACGACUGAAGAAGUUCGCACUAGUUCUUGAUGUGGUGAACGAUUCAGCCACUUCCAUCUCAAAUUCGACCACGAUAACCACACAAUACCAUGUCCGGCAUCGAAGUCGCCGGACUCAUCCUAGGGGCACUUCCGAUCCUCAUUGAAGGCUUGGAUUUGUACAAGAAAGGCCUCAAGAGUUUACGGAGCAGUUUUCGAAGACGAAAGGUGGUGGAAGUGCUCACCUGUAGACUGACGAUCCAAUUGAAGAUUCUCGAAGAGCUUCUCCGUUUCAUACUCAAUAACAGUGGUUACGAAACGCCAGAGACGUUGUCCGCAAAGUCUUUGGAGAUUUUGCGAGAUGAUGAAGUAAAGAAUGCCGUUGCCAGUUAUCUAGGUCCAAAUUACGACGCCAUCACAGAAGCAAUGCGGCAAUGUCAGGAGAUAGUCUAUCGACUAGUCCCAAAGAUUGCGAGGAUCGCACCACCGGUGAAGGAACGCGCCGAGCUUUCCCAGAUCAUAGAAGCGAACAAGAAUGCGAAACGAGGUCAGCUUGACCUGGUUGCGCGCAUCACAGUCCAAUUCGUCAAAGACGAAUUGAGCGAGGAGAUUAGAGAAUUGGAGUCGCGGUUGGAUUCCAUGCAGAGACUGGUUGAGCUCAUGUCGUCCAACAAUCAGUCCAACGUUGCAAAUUCGAACCUGAAAUCGAAAAGACUGGCAAAAGCGUACAUGGAAAUUCGACACCAAGCCGACAUGUUGUAUCUUGCCAUGGCGAAUUCGUGGAUCUCUCAGUGCCAUCAACAUCAUGAGGCUCGAUUGCUUCUGGAAGAUCGCGUGGAAGAGAUCAAGCGAGAAAAGAGGUUGCCGUCAUCAUCACACGCCAACAAGGAUCGAUGUUUUCAGUUGAUUUUCUCUGGUGGCGACCCCUCGCAAAACAGCCUUUGGCAUGAGUCGCAAGUACAUGUCAUGCCUAGCUCCAGCGAUGCGCUUCAUCAGACACAGUCGAUCGGCUCGAAAGUCAGAAUCACCAUAUCUCCUUCCAAAACUCCGGUCACAUCAUCAUCAUCAAGAGAGAUCAAAGAUAUUUGCUCGGCCAUCGAAGAAGGUCGAAAGAUUCAAGAGCAUGCCAUAUUCGCCUUGACCGAGGGUGGGAAAAUCGCGGCCGACAUCUCACAGAAGAGAAAGUUCAUAGUCUGCCGGGCAAAGGGCUCCGUCGUGCUCGGAGAAUUGCUACGGGGGAACAGCAACAACAAAGCUGGUGGUGGUGGGAGUGGUCGAAAGAUUCUCUACAGACCGAAGUUGAGUUUAGCCCUGAAUCUGGCGGCCAGUUUCCUCCAACUCCUUCGCACUCCUUGGGCACGACCAAUGUUGUCGGCAGAAAAUGUCAUGUUUCUUGAAAACGAGAAACGUGAGCCUGACGUGAAGCGACCAUUCUUGUCUCUUUCGUUUAGCUCUCCCUCACCACCCGUACACGCCAAUCUGCCGCCGCCGACGACGACGACCUCUUCGACCAACCACGAUGACAUCUCCUUGAAGGAUGAACUUGUCGAGUUGGGGAUCGUGCUACUCGAGAUCUGGCACGAACAGACGUUGGAGGAAGUGCGUCCCUCGAUCCCUGGGUGUACAGAGUCCAUGCCGAGGCGAGUCAGUGCAAUGCUGUGGUUUGAUAACAGCACCAACGACGCCUACCCGGAAGCUUACAGGACGGCACUGGAAUAUUGUUUGGUCAGGAGUGUCUGUCUACAGCAAGAACAGAAAUGGGAUGACCCCGAGAUCUGGCAAGUCAUAUGUGAAUCUGUAGUGGCACCAUUGGCAGGUAUUUUGCGUGCAUAAGAAACCCAGUAAGGUAUGGAGUAUGUGUAUAAAGAGCAUACUGUAUAUAAGCAUACUCGUGGGUGUGUAUGUUUUUGCUCAAAGUCCGAUUACU